AUGCUGGAGAACAAUUUAACUAUGAACACAGAGUUUUAUCUCUUGGGAUUUCAAAGCAGCCAACUUUCAAGAGUUUUUCUGUUCUGUCUUCUUCUGGUGGUUUAUUGUGGGACAAUAUGUGGGAACCUCCUGAUCAUCACUCUGGUGUCCACCAGCAGGAACCUCCACACUCCAAUGUACUUCUUCAUCUCACAACUCUCCAUCAGUGAUAUUUUAUUGACAACUGAUAUUGUCCCCAACAUGCUACAUGUCCUCCUGAAUAAUGGGGGGGCCAUUACUUUUAUUGGUUGCAUCAUUCAGUUCUAUUUCUUCUGUGUAUCUGAGACAUUUCAAUGUCUUCUUCUUGCUGUGAUGUCAUAUGACAGAUAUGUGGCCAUCUGUAAUCCCCUUCGUUAUGCAUCUGUAAUGACAUGGAGCCACUGCUCGAAAAUGGCCAUCAUGUGUUGGUUGGUUGGGUUUACUUUUAUAUUGUCUGACAACAUAUCAAUAUCAAUGUUAGAGUUCUGUGGACCACAUACUAUUGACCAUUUUUUCUGUGAUCUUGUCCCUUUAUUGGCAAUUUCCUGCUCGGAUACCUUUAUUGUAGAACUGGAGAUGUAUUUAUUAAGUUUUCCUGUUGCUAUAAUCCCAAGCAUAAUAAUUAUUACAUCAUAUGCCAACAUUGUUUCUACCAUCUUGAGGAUCCCAUGUGGUACUGGUAGACAGAAAGCCUUCUCCACCUGUAGCUCCCACCUCACUGUGGUCUCCAUAUUUUACUGCACUCUGUUCAGUGUCUAUGUUUUCCCAACAAGAGGUCAAACAUUGACCAUAAGUAAGAUCCUGUCAUUACUAUACACUGUAUUUACUCCUUUUAUCAACCCUAUUAUAUAUAGUUUAAGAAACAAAGAUAUUAAGAGAGCCGUACAGGGAACAAUAUGGAAACACUAUUUUUCCAACUUUCCAUGA